AUCCAACAACAACUACCACUACCGGUACCACAGCUGACCAAACUACUACCCCUGCCGGUACUACCUCAGAUCCAACCACAACUACCACUACCGGUACCACCGCUGAUCCAACUACCACGACCACCACUGCUGGUACCACCUCUGAUCCAACUACCACCACGACGACAACUGAUUCAACUACCACGACUACUACCACUACAGGUACUACCUCGGAUCCAACAACAACUACCACUACCGGUACCACUGCUGAUCCAACUACCACGACUACUACCACUACCGGUACUACCUCAGAUCCAACCACAACUACCACGACCGGUACCACCUCUGAUCCAACUACCACGACUACUACCGCUGACCCAACUACCACAACUACUACCUCUGAUCCAACUACCACGACUACUACCACUACCGGUACUACCUCAGAUCCAACCACAACCACCACUACCGGUACUACCGCUGACCCAACUACCACGACCACAACUACUGGUACCACCUCUGAUCCAACUACGACCACUACUGUGGACCCAACAACAACAACUACUACCACUGACCCAACUACAACGACCACAACUACUACUGUUAAUCCAACUACUAGCACCACGACGACCGCUGAUCCAACUACCACGACUACUACCACCACCACCACCGGUACCACCGCUGAUCCAACUACAUCAACUACUGUAAAGCCAACGACCACAACUACAGUCUCUCCAUCCACUUCAACUACUACUACUACGACUGCCACGCCUACGACAUCGACCACCACCACGACCACAACAACCACAACUGAUCCAUCGAUCUCCACUGGAGUCAGCAACUCAUCGAUCCUCGUUCCAUCGUUCACUAUUGUCAUUGCCUUUGUCUUUAUGAUGGUUCUCUAA